CCUGCUGCUUCAGAGAAGCUUGGCUUUGGCUCAGUGUACGGGAAACAUUUCUUUCACUUGUACAAAGCAGAAUCCCUAAAAGAUGGCUUCUGUGGGUCUGGAAGUACUUGGAGUGGCUCUUUCUGUUGUUGGGUGGAUUGCAAGCAUUGUUUCCUGUGUGCUGCCAAUGUGGAAAGUAACAGCAUUCAUCGGCAUGAGCAUAGUGACUGCUCAGAUCACAUGGGAAGGCAUAUGGAUGGAAUGUGUUGUGCAGAGCACUGGCCAGAUGCAGUGCAAGAUAUACGACUCAAUGCUGGCUCUCCCUCAAGACCUACAAGCUGCCCGUGCCUUGAUGGUCAUUACAAAUGUUUUGGCCUUCUUGGGUAUUUUGGUUUCCAUUGUCGGCGCCAAGUGCACCAACUGCAUUGAAGAAGAAGGAGCCAAAGCCAAAGUCAUGAUCCUAGCUGGGGUGGUAUUUAUAAUUGCCUCCAUCAUGGAGUUAAUCCCUGUUUCUUGGUCUGCUAACCAAAUAAUCAGGGACUUCUACAACCCUAUUGUGCCCGAAGGAAGAAAGAGGGAGAUUGGUGCAUCUUUGUACAUUGGCUGGGCCUCUUCAUGUCUCCUGCUACUUGGAGGUGCCAUCCUCUGCUGCUCAUGUCCACCAAAGGAAACCAAGUAUGUUCCACCCCGAAUGACCUACUCUGCUCCUAGGUCAGUAGCUCCAGGUGGCUAUGACAAAAAGGACUAUGUUUGAAAUGACCAGCUGGCUUGCAAGUCGAUGACUUUUCAUUUUAUUCCUCUGACUCCAGCCUACAGCCUUUCUUCUGAGGAGAAGCCUUUGUUAUUAAUUCACAGCCAGGCAUCUGCACUGGGGUAACAGCCUAAGCCUGAUAGUGGACUUGCACUGACUUCUACAAGAAUGACUGUGGCGGGUUCAUGAAGAGACACCUGUGGCCCCUUCUCAUCUGCUCUCUCAAAGUCUUGUGACAGUUGCUCAGGGGCAGCAGAGGAGUAGCCACCAGGUUAUGAAAAUGGGCAAGGAUUCUGUACUGAAUGGGGUUUGCUGAGCUAUUAGUAAAUGCCUGUAAGUCUGUAUCUGUUUACUGAUAAGAUUUUGUUAAAGAAAAUGAAAACCAUUUAUACUGUUUUAUUUAUAUUUCAUUUGCAGCCUUUUUCUUAUUCUAAUGUCACAGAAGGUCAGUCAUUUUUAAAAGAUUUUCUUGUGUAAGUAGCCAUUGGGUUUUGAAUUGUUCAUGGUACUCAGUGUACAAACAAAGGUGUCAGCCUUGUGACUCAGCAACAGGCAGCAAAAUGCAUCCUCCUUUUUGCCACUCAGUUUCACUUAAUUUUGCUAUUUUUAUGAAGUCAAUGCUAAAUGUGAGUGUAUAGACACUUCUGUCCAAGAGCUGAGUGACAUUUUAAAGUUUCUGCUAUUUUGUUCUGCUUUUCUAUGAUAAUAUCAACAUUUUCAAAAUAAAACAAUUACUGUCCUGUU